AUGAACAAUCAGUACACCCGCCGGGAGGUCUUCUGCAGGAACACCUGUCACGAACUCAAACGCUUCUGGGAAAGAGAAAUCGGCAAACAGACCUACUACCGGGAGACGGAGGAGUAUCGCCUGGGAAGGAGCGCCCUGAGAAAGCUCAGAGAAGAAUGGAAGCAGAGAAUGGAAACAAAGCUGAGGCUGCGGAACAAUCCAGAUGAGACUGAAAAGCAGGCAAAUGUUGGCCGGGAGCUUCUUGCUUCAUUGACCGAAGAGGAUUCGAAGCACUGA